UUGUGAUUACUACUUUUAGUUAUUUUCCUGCUAUUAAGUAUUCAACGAUCAUUGUAAGUAACAAAGCAGAAGACGUUAAACGAUAAGUUUACGACGGACGUUGUCAGCAUUUAACAAAAUCGAUGUUUUGGCAAAAUAGCUUAAUUAAACAACAUAUCUUGGAAAAUACAUAAAAGUAAUAUUAAAUAUUAGAUAUGUGAGUUUCUGUACUAUGCCUAGUGGACGCCGUAAUGCUAGUAGUCGGAGUGCUCCGACUAGUAAAUCACAAUUUAGUUUUGCUUCAUCCACUGGAAGAAGUAAUAGUGGAGAUAGAGUACUUGGAAGUGGAGGAGAUGAAAAAAAAAUAGAUGACAACUAUGGAAAGUUGUUAGCACCAAAACAUGUACCUAUCCCAAUGGUACCGGUAGACGGACCAUUAACAUUUGAAGCUUUAUCAUUAGUUGUGUCAGUUGUUGCCGCAUGUUUACAAUUAUUAAAUCUGUAUAGAACUGUCUGGUGGUUAUCUCAUUCAUAUAAUUCAUAUAGUAUGAAUUUUUAUCUUAUAGAUCCUUAUCUUCUUACAUUUAUUAUUACUAUGAUAGCACGAAGAUUUGUUUAUACAUUGUUACGACGAUUUGUUGAUAUUUCAUCCCCAACUCGUUGGUUCCACAUUGCUCAAAAAUUAAUGAGGAUAAUUUUGUUAUUUAUAGUUCUGAGUAUAUUACUUUGGUGUUUAUAUCAUAUGGCAGAAAGGCACAAUAUAAUGAAAAUUUUCUAUUUAUGUUAUCCAAGUGUAUUUGUAUAUUUUUUGAUGUUUGGUGUCAGUAUAUCACCUUUCUUUGAUAUGUCAGCAGCACCUCGACAUGUAAAAGAAGAUAAAAGAAUGAAAUAUUUGUUGGAUACACCUUUACAUAACUGUUCAUUAAGCGCAUCAGCAAUCAGAGCUGAAGUUUCUACCUUCAGUACAGACUUUAAUCGCCGAUUAAAAAGAGCAUUAUUUGCAUCAAGUAGUACCGCUUAUGUUUGUGGUAUCGCUCCUAUUAUAUUUGUACCACAAUCUCUACAUUUCAACGUGCCAUGGGUAGUACAAUACGUUGUGCUGUUUUGGCUUGGAAGAAUAAGUGCUCACUUCGCACAAGCUUAUCCAGUAAGGUAUUGCGAUGUACUACAUAGAGCAGCCCUCCAUUUAGGACGUUGGAUAAAAAUUGAGAAUCAUAAUAAUACAUAUGUGCAAGUAUGGAACGAUGGUGUUCUAUGGCCCCACGGAUCGGUUGUAAAAUAUAAUAAAGAAACAUAUCGCUCGGAGGGUCUUUGCACUGCUGCAGAACCAGGAAAUCGAAAUCAUUGUAGGUUUCAUACAUUAUUUAGCAAUCCUACAAUGCUUCUAUGUUCUCUGCUGGGUCUUCAACUUCUAUUCGUGGGUGCACAAUUAUUUAUUUUAAUACGCACAACAGAAUGGUAUCAAGUACUAUCAAUGACGUUAUUACUUGUAAUCAAUUACUAUACUUUAUUUAAAGUAGCCAGAGAUUACCUUGUUUGUUGGAAGGUGUAUCGUGCUGAACAAAUCAUACAAGGAAAAUGUCAGAUGGUAAUUAAUUCUAAUACUCAAUAAACGAAUGCGAAACUAA